AUGGCGAAAAGACUACUUAAAUCUUUUAUUUUAACCUCUAAGCCCGUUCACGUUAAACCUCAGUUGGGAUAUGUAACUACAAUUCGUUCUAGGAAAUUACACACUAAUGACGACAUACCAAAAGAAGUAAAGAUCCCAGUACAAUGGGGUCAUAUAGCAGGUAAAUUGUGGGGACAUGAAAAUGAACAACCAAUAUUAGCGCUACAUGGCUGGCAAGAUAACGCUGGUACAUGGGAUACUCUAGCGCCGUUUCUUUACAAAAAGCGGCCAAUACUCGCCAUAGACUUUCCAGGCCAUGGUUUCUCAUCUUGGUUUCCGACAGGCAUGAUGUAUUACCCUUGGGAGUUCGCACGUCUUAUAUUAUUCAUUAAAGAAUAUUAUAAAUGGGACAAAAUUUCACUACUCUGUCAUUCCAUGGGAUCUAUAGCAGGAUUGAGAUUCGCAUCGCUGUUUCCCGAUGAGGUCACAUUUUACAUUGCGAUCGACAGCCUCAUUGCCGAUGACUACGAUUUAAAUUUGGUCGUGGACAAAUAUCCAAAAACUUUGCGGAAAAUACAAUUAGCGCUUUCACGCUUGGAAGAUGAACCACCGUCGUACAGCAUAGAAGAAAUAACGAAAAUAUGGCAUAUGGGCACAUCUAAGUCUGUGGCGCUGGAUAGUGUAAAAUAUUUGCUUAAACGUGGUUCUAAACAGUCUAGUCGUGACCCCAACAAAUAUUAUUUUUCAAGAGAUUCCAGAUUGAAACACAUAUUGUUUAACCCAGAAGACAAAAAGUUCGUGGAGGCACUUGCUAAAAGGCACCCAUCACUUGCAUUUAAA